GAGGGUUGAUUAAGGUGCAUGCGCUUGACAAAAGCCGAUAUAUAAUAAAAUGAUCAUUAAUGAUAUUAUUUGUAUUUAAAAAGGGCAAAUAAUGUCAAGGCUUCAGUUUGUUUCAGCUUUUUCGCCCCUCUCUGUGCACACAGGGUGGGUUCUGAACAUAACAUGUUCACCAUGUAACUGAUGGACUAUCAUUCAAAGUUAUAUAUGCAUUCAAUUCAGAAGGUAUAUUUUAUUGACAAGGUGAGAUAUUCACUCACACGCAUGCUGACAAUAUAACUCACUCUUUUCAUCCUUCUCUCUCCCUAUCAUCAUCUUGCAACUAUUCUCACUCAUUCUCUCUGCCCUUACCUCCCACAUCCAAUGCACCAUGAGAUUGAUAGGAUAGCCCAGAUCGAGUCUUUCACUUUAUAUCCAAACUACAGUUAACUUGAUUUUCUUGUUCUAAUUUCCUUUCUUCUCCCAUGGUUUCAACUUUCUUUCAUCUUCUCUAAUCUUCAUCAUCAACUUAUCUCCAUUUCUUACCUGUUACAUAUGAACUUCACUUUGAGCAUCAUUUAAAUAUUUGUUUUUCUCUUCCGAAGAAAAAACUAAUCACAAGUGAGUUGAUAACUUUUCGAACCCUCAACUUUACAUAUUGUUCAUAUUUUAUUGAUCGAUUGUUUUUGUAUUUAUGAUUGAAUUAGUUGUUGGUUGAUAAUCAUCAAUAUAAUUAUGGAAACACCGACACGUCGAUCAUCUCGAUGUGGAACUCGAGUCGCCGCUGCUUUGGCCCAACAAGUUAUUUGUGAUUUAGUUUCGUACGAUGAAGUUGCCACAAUAGCUGAAGAAGCUGAUGAUGAGGAAGAUGAACGUAAUUAUCGUUAUCAUCUUCUUCAUCAUUCACGUUCAGAUAAAUCAUCAUAUCCAACUGAUUUUACGACAACAAUUAAACCUAUCAAAUCAACUAAACAUGUUAAUUCAUCACCGCCGUCAAAUGAUUUACAAUCAAACCGUAAAGACCAUUCAAAAACUGGCCGAACUCCAACAUCAACUACAACAAUUAAAUCAGAAUCAAAUUCAACAACAAUCACCCCAGUGACACUUUCAUCAACACCAACUGAAGGCUCUGGACAAUCAGAGCCAAUGGACAUUGAUAAUAGUAAACUACAACUUUCAACUUCGAUUGUAAUCGAUGAAAAUCAAUCAACAUCAACAACAAUCGAAUCAAAUUUGUAUUCGGCUUACCAAACUUGGGCUCUGAAAACUUAUGGAGAUUCAGCAAAGACGAAAACAGUUACUCGAAAAAAGUACCAAAGGAUCGUUCGUAUCCUUCGAGGUGAGGAAACAACAAACGUGGAGAAUUCAAAGUUUAGAUUUUGGGUGAAAGCGAAAGGAUUUAAAUUACGUGGUAACGUUAAUUGUAAACAAGAAUCAGCGACAAUCAAAAUCGAGGAUAAUCACGAAGACGAAGAUGAAAAUAUCCUUUUGGUUCCUUGUACAAAAACUUCAUCGGGUAAUUUGACUAAUUCUGUUGAUGGUAAAUCGGAUGAAACUGUUUAUAAGAAAGUAGCUGUGGUUGAAAACUUUUACAAUAUAAUUUAUAAUGUUCAUGUUGAAAUGGAUGGACGAUCGGGUAAACAUGCUGGACAAAAGCGGACAUAUCGAGCGGUCGCCGAGAUGUUUGCAUUUCUACCACGUGAAGCUGUGACCCGAUUCCUCAUGUCGUGUUCAGAUUGUCAGAAACGGAUGCACCUUCAGGGCAUUAACACCUCGUCUACCGGUAAUCAUCAGCAUCAGAAUCAUUUAUCAUCAUCCUCAUCACCAUUAUCAUCAUCUAAUUCCUAUCAAAAGAAAAGUUCUCGGCGAUCAACUAAUUCGAUAACAAGUCUUAAGCCAAUAAGGAAAUCAGAUGGAAACAGUAAUCGUAAUCAUAAUCAGAAUGAGAUGGAUUUUAGUUUACCAAUUACAGCGACUUAUUUGAAAAGGAUGAAAUCACUUGGUUAUAAUGAUUUAAAUAAUAAUCAUAUCGAACAUGGUAUUUUUCCUUAUAUCGUUAAUUGUGAUCAACCGACGCCAUUUAAUCAUCACCAGAAUUUAUCGUCGACUUCAUUGAGUCCAAUUCAAAAUGUUCAAAUGAAUGGAGCUACAGAUGAGCCAAUUUCGGGCUCUGAGUAUAAUUCAGAGAUAUCUGUUGAUUCAAAUGAUGCCGUUAAUGGGACUUGUAGGUUGGAUGUAGAUGAUAGUCAAGUUGAAGGAUCUCGAGAAGAAUCAAACCAAAAAAGUUACAACAAUGACCAGUUAAUUGUUGCAAAUUGUAAAUCACCUUCAUCUUUAACAACAGUUACCAUGGGGGAAGUCGAUCCCAUAGAAACACAUGAUCCAUCGGGUCCACUAGAUAUGUCUAAGAUGUCAAGAAGAUCCUCUUCGCCUGAACCUUCGCCCAAUUAUUCUGCUUUGACCGCAAGCGAUUCACCACCACAAACUAUUCCACCGACAAUUAAAUCAUCACCUUCUCUUCUGGUCAUCAAAUCUCGUUCUCCACUACCAAAAGGAAAUUCUAUUAAGCGAAAGGCCUCCGUUUCACCUAAAGGUUUAUCUUCUUCUAAGGAUUCAACCGAUUCAUCUCGUCCAGAGAAAAUGGCUGCUCUCAGUAAUGGAAUAGAUGAAAUGACACCAACCAGUGACUAUACCUUGAAGGAAGAAGAGGAAGAUGAAGAUGAUGAUGAAGAGGUUGACAUCAAAAUGGAUGAAAAAACCGAUACCAAUAAUUUUGAUCCCGAGCGCCUCAAGGCUUUUAACAUGUUUGUUCGUCUUUUUGUGGACGAGAAUCUUGACAGAAUGGUUCCCAUAUCUCGCCAACCAAAGGAUAAAAUCCAAGCCAUAAUCGAAAGCUGCAUGAGGCAGUUUCCAGAAUUCUCGGACAGAGCUCGCAAACGAAUCCGAACUUAUCUAAAAAGUUGUAGACGAACUCGUCGUCACAAAACUCCAACAGUUUCCACACAAUCGCCAACUAAUUCCCUUGUCAGUGGAAAUUCUAAAGAUGGUUCAAAUUCUAAUGGUAGCAGAAUGAAUUCUACGAUAACCUCGAUAUCUUCUUCACCCACAUCUUCCGUUUAUCAUUUGACCUCACCUAUUGCGGAACAAAUUCUCGCCUCCGCUUGUGCCAAUGAAAGUUACAACGCCAAACGAAUGCGAGCUGGACUUAAGCCUCUACCAGGUCGAUCUAUUUCACCUUCUAAUAGGGAUUCAUCUCGCGAUCAAUUUGUCACUUAUCCAGAGACUCAAACCUUCAAUGACAACUUGGGAUCAAUUUUACCUUCGACCACUUCACCUUCGUCUGAAUCUGCGGUCCAAGUCCUUAAACCAAACGCAAGCUCAAGCCUUAAUUCAACCCUUUUAGCUGCAUUAACUGGUCAUCCCAAGAAUGAAUCAGGAGAUAACAAUCGAUCGGAUUGUUUGGAACCUCUAAUGUUACUGAACAAGAAAGAAGCAAAUCUCUCGAGAUGUGAUGAGUUUGAAAAUGUUAGUAGACAAGUAAAUCAAUCAAAUUCAAUUGUCAAUGGAAAUGGACCAGUAUCUCACACACCACCCACAUCUAUGGUACCAUUAUCUUCAUCUUCUCAAUCUUUUUCCUCUUCAUCACCUGGAUCUGGUUCUAUCAUUAAUGGAAUCUCCAAUAAUAUGAGUAACAGUGCUGGUGGACCAUCUCAUCAUCAGUCAUCAAGCCAACACCAAGGAGGGAAUUCAAGUUAUCUGCCUUACACUUAUUUACUUAGUCCUGGUGAAACUGCUGCAAUUAAAACUCUGAUUGCUGGUUACAGGGAAUCAGCAGCAUUUCUACUUCGAUCUGCCAAUGAACUAGAACACCUUUUACUCCAGCAAACUUAAUUACCGAUGGAAAAUAACAGGAGACUGUAUCGGGAUAAUUGUUAUCUAGUCAAUUAUGAUCAUGAUAAAUCAACACACUCACCCACCCAAUCCCAUAGCUGAAAUAAUUAACUUUGUAACAUCCAACAAUUGUAGUAUCCUUGAUAAUCCAAACUCCCAAUUACCAUUAAUUUAAUUUGAUUUUCUGUUAAUUGUCAUUCCACUUAACCUGUAAUCCUUUUGUUUUGAUUUGAAAAAAUUGAGAUUAAUAAUAUAUUUCUCAUCCUUAUUAUGUAAAAUAUUAAUACUUGUGAAUUUGAUUUUCUUUAAUCAAAUGCCUACCACAAGAAAACAGGCUGAUUCAGUGCAAUUGAAACAUUAACUUCGACAAUUGGAAACAUAAUCAUCAUUAUUCUAAUCAUAAUCAACAUAUUCAAGUGCCCAAACACCAUGGAGCUUAUUAUUUACCAUGAAUUAAUCCUGAACCAAAAAGAAUCAUCAACAUGACAUCUCACCGAUUAUCAUCUUACCUAAAAGGGUCCAAGAUGCUUCCAGCAUUUAUUUGAUUACUACCUGCCUUUACCUGAGCUUUUGCUAAAUUGUCCAUGAUAAUUAUUAAUCGUCAAGGCUACUUAGUCAAUCUGCCUACCACAAUUAAACAAAAUACCAUUGAAUUAACUAGAAGCACAUCAACAAUAUGGAGAAAAAUUCACCAAAAGAAAAUUUUAUCACCUGUAUCAUCAUGAUAUCAACAACUGAUUAAUUCUCAAUUACUGUCAACGUUCCCAACAAUUACAAUUAACCACGUCAAUAUAAUUGAUUCCGCAUCAUUAACUAAUUAACAUUGGUGAUCAGCUCGACGCACUAACAAGUGUAUUUUUGUUUAAUCUUCAUCAUUAUUCAACAAUUAAGUCCAUUGAAAGACUUGAUGAAUUCAAUGAUUUUCAAGUGGAAAAAAAAUCAUUAAAUUAAACAGAAAAUCAAAUUAACUGAGAUGAAAAUCGAAAUCUAAUCAAUUUAAUUUGAUUGUGAUUUACAUUAACUCCUAUUAGAUUCAUUCAGAAGGAACAAUUAACCAACACAUCAAUACAUAUCUUCAAUUUUUAAUUGAAACCCAAGAGUUAAUUUUCUCAGUUUAAUUAAUCAUUCCAACCAUUAAUUACCAUGAAAAUCUUCUAGUCUCCUAAUCAACUUGUUGAUUGUAAUUCAAUUAAUUGAAAAUACUAUUAAUUUGAGUGUCAUCAUAUUAAUUUCUUAAUCAUUCUAAUCUAACCAAAUCUAAUUUCAUUCAUGUGAAUCUCAUUAAAACAAUCAAUUUAAAUGUCUAAACA